AUGGGAAAGUCAUCACGAGACAAGCGGGAUAUUUAUUAUCGUCUAGCUAAGGAAGAAGGUUGGAGAGCACGCAGUGCUUAUAAACUUAUGCAGAUUGACGAUGAAUUUGGAAUCUUGAAAUCAACAGGUCUUCCCAACCUCAGAAAUAUUUCCGAUCCCCAAACGCGGCAACUACUCAGACCCAAACAACUACCGCCCCAUCUCUCGCAGGUGAAGAUAGUUGCAGUUGAUUUGCAAGCCAUGGCUCCCAUUCCUGGUGUGAUUCAAAUUCAAGGAGACAUAACAAGUGGUGCCACUGCUGAUGAGGUUAUCAGUCAUUUUGAUGGAAAACUGGCGCAACUCGUGGUUUGUGAUGGAGCGCCUGAUGGUGCGUCAUGUAGUCCGGUUUGA